GUCUGAUACUGACGGUGGGAUUGCAGGUUUAUCUGCUGCAUUUCCAUCAAGAACAAGUUGGUUCAUGUACUAAGCUAAAUGUCAGGACUUUACGGUAUGAAGAUGCGCAUAUUUUUGGUCUGUCGAUAACAAUCAAAGGCCCGAUAGAACAGAUGAGUGGAUUUAGGAAGUGAAACCCUGGAGUGCUUUUACUCUGAAACGGGUUCACAAGGUUAAGGGCUGUGGUCCCGCCCCCCAUGUGCUGGAUACAUAUUGACCAUGGCCGCCGCUGCUCUGCACUCACAGCCGGAGGAAGGGCACCCUACGUCUUGCCACUGACUCACUGACAGCGCCUGUGAACCGGAGACUUCGUGAAUCUGUGAAGGAGGCAGAACCGAGAACGAAUCAUGGCGGACAGGAUGACACCACUGGCCCAUGCUCUAUCGCAAACUAAACUGGACCUGAGUUGUCUGAACAAAAAAAGAGGAUCGUCUACACUAUCUUGGAGUACGUCCCUUUGCUGGACUCCUCAAAUAUGACCCCAGAUGACUGGGUGAAAAUUGGAAAGGACAUUGAGAAAAACUAUAAAAACUACGAUGGCUUCGUGAUCCUGCAUGGCACAGACACCAUGGCUUACACAGCCUCUGCCCUGUCCUUCAUGUGUGAACAUCUGGGCAAACCGGUCGUGGUCACCGGCUCACAGGUGCCGAUCUAUGAGAUAAGGAACGAUGGCAGAGGCAACCUUCUGGGGGCGCUGCUGAUCGCCGGCCAGUUUGUCAUUCCUGAGGUGUGUCUGUAUUUCAACAACAAACUCUACCGAGGGAAUCGCACGACCAAGGUGGAUGCUGGGAGUUUCAACGCAUUCUGCUCCCCUAACCUUGGUCCACUGGCCACAGCUGAAAUCGAUAUCAAAGUCAACUGGGAUGAGGUUUGGAAGCCAGACACCCAAGACACAUUUCAAGUCAGCACCGACCUGAGCUGUAACAUCGGCCUGCUCAGGAUCUUCCCAGGAAUCACUUGUGCCACUGUGAAGGCUUACCUGCAGCCGCCCAUGAAGGGUGUGGUCAUGGAGACCUAUGGCAGCGGAAACGCUCCCGACAACCGCCCUGACCUGCUAGCGGAGCUGAAGGAGGCCACCGACUCUGGCAUCAUCAUCAUGAACUGCACGCAGUGUCUGAGGGGCGUUGUGUCCCCAACAUACGCCACUGGAACGGCGUUGACGGCGGCCGGGCUGAUACCUGGUAGUGACAUGACUCCAGAGGCCGCCCUGACAAAGCUGUCCUAUGUGUUGGCCAAGACGGACCUUGAUCUUAAAGCCAUGAAAGAGAUGAUGGGUAAAAACCUGCGAGGUGAAAUGAGCUGCCAAGGGAAACCCGAGCUGGGUCUCAGAGACAGCCGCUUCAUCCAGGUCAUCGCUAAGUGCCUGAGCGUCAGCUGCAAGGAGGAACUUGAAGCCAUUCGUGACGCUCUGACUCCUUCCCUGGCUUGUGCUGCCGCUAAGAUUGGAGACACAGAAGCUUUAAAAGCCCUGAGAGAAAUGGGCACCAACUUGUGUCAGGGAGACUACGACGGACGCACACCUCUGCACGUCGCGGCCUCCGAGGGCCACCUGGGUCUGGUGCAGUAUCUUCUGAGUCAGGGAGCUACAGUCUACGCUAAAGAUCGCUACGGGGAUACACCGCUGUGCAACGCUGUACGCUUCAGACACAAGGAAGUCGUGAAGCUGCUGAGAAGGACCGGAGCUCACUUCUCCAGAGACAAGCUGGAGGAAGCAGGAGCAGAGCUGUGCAGCCUGGCAUCCAUCAGUGACCUGGAGGGCCUGGAGAUCUGGAUGCUCGCUGGAGCUGACCUGACCAAACCAGGCUACGACGGACAGACGGCACUUCAAGUGGCCCAUGCUAUUGGCAACAUUGGAGUAUUGACGUGUUUAGCUCCGUUCUUGAACCAGGCGGCAUUUGGUGAAUUUAAUUCAUAUGUUGAGGAUGAUGAGGAGGAGAGUGGCUGAGUGAUCCAGUUCCCCGCCCCUAGCCUGCGGCACAACGAGGUGAUGCCGCCUCGACCGACAGGAAGCCGCACUCCAUUUGCGUCCACUUCCUUCCCGAGCCCCCACCCUCCUGCUGAAUGUCCCAGUUGCACUCACUUUAGAAUGUCUGCUUGUUUGUUUGUCGUUGAAAGCCAAUCACUGCCAACAUGAAAGCCAGUUAAGAAUUGUCCAUGAAGGGCACCAAUGUUUGUACACGUACAUACAUACGUAGGAAACGUAUUAUACUGCUGAAUGUUUUGAUUUUAAUUUGUGUCGAUGAACGUUGAACAACAGACUGAGUUAUUGUUCUGUCAAGACAGGGAAUUCAGAGCUUCGCCUGAGCUGUUCUGUCACGGAGACCUGCUGUGAAACUUCCCAUGACUCCAUGAACAGCGAAGGAUGGCGAAGAAACAACUUUUUUAACAGACAAAUUUGAAAAGAGCACAUUAUUUAAAUAAGUAUUGUCGCACUGUUCUAAAGCAAUAUAUUCAUAAUAUCUAAGAAGCACAAAGUACCUUCACAGAUCUUAUUUGUAUGAUUUAUUUUUAUAGCAAGAUGCUUGUAAAGUAUUUAGUUUUCUGGAGUAUGAACCAACUGUGACACUUGACUCGGGUCUAAAGCAUAGUAUGGUGUAAAGUCUGGUCUCGAAGCUGAGAUCCUCACUUCCGUCUGCUCAAACAGGUAUAACAAAAACCCUCCAGACUCAUCCAGCCUGUUUCUUUGUGCCGUCCGUCGAGCUGGAAGAGUCACAUCUCUCCUUUGAAAUGUAAAAGAAGAAAAACCAUCGCCAACCCACCUCAGUUUCUGUCUUCUGUCUGUACGAUUAAAGGCUUAUCAGCGCUGCUCUUUAAUUUGAUACAAUUUACUCUGUAAACCGGUCCAUGUUCAUUUAUUUUCAAGUUUUGAUGUAGAGAAAUUACAUUUCACUUUAAGUUGCAAAUACAUAUCAAUUGCUUCAGAUGAGCUGUUUUCACUGCUGUUAUUGUCCCAAUUUUGUGUAUUUUAAAAAUGCAAAAAAAACAUAUAUGUGAAGCUGAUUCAAUGAAAAAUAAAUUUUGAAAUGAAA